UUUUACAAUGAGGAGGUUUGCUCUAGGAUUUUGUUUGCUGGUCGGUUUAGUUGCAGCCCAAAAGAAAUCGGCAGCAGCCGAUUACGAAUGUCCCCUAAAUCCUAAGACUGGUCAGUACCGCGAUGGUCAGUACGAGCAUGCGACUCAGUGUGAUGCCUUUUACGAGUGCAUCGAUGGUUCUGCCAAGCUGAAGUACUGCCCGGACGGAUUGGUCUUCGAUUCCACGAUAAGGCUGGUCAACAAAUGCGAUCAACCUUUCAACGUUGACUGCGGCGAUAGGAUAGAAUUACAGCCUCCUCAAUCCACUCAAUUGUGUCCACGCAGAAAUGGAUUCUUUGCUCACCCCGACCCAGGCGUAUGCAAUAUCUUCUAUAACUGCAUUGAUGGUGACGCCACUGAAGUCGUCUGCACCGCCGGACUGCACUUCGAUGAAUACACUGGAACCUGCGUAUGGCCCGACACUGCCAAGAGGGAAGGAUGCCACGCUCAAGGAAAGAAACUAAAAGACGGCUUCGAAUGCCCUGAUGAAGUGCAAACAGACAGUUUAGGACAAGUCCAAGCUCAUCCCAAAUACGCCCAUCCAACUGAUUGCCAACGAUUCUACGUGUGUUUAAAUGGAAACGAACCUAGAGAUUUAGGAUGCCAGGUUGGCGAAGUAUACAAUGAUGAAACUCAAAGGUGUGAUGCUCCCGAAAAUGUUCCCGGCUGUGAAGACUGGUACAAAGACUCCGAUGAACCAAAAGCUCAGAAGAGCCCUUCUAAAUCAAGAGAUGAUUAAGAUAGUAAGCACCUUUGGUAUUUAAAUAAAAGCUGAUUGUAAAUGCUAUUAUAAAUAGCUAAAAUUAAAAAGUGC